AUGACACUCAGACGUCAACUCAUCUGGAUUAUAAUCCCAUUAAAUGGCGGGCCCCCUGCCCACAAUGGGCGGCCCAUUGUGGCCCCACAAUGGGAAGCGCUACAAUAUAUAUUUCAUAGGGCCGCUCCUUUUCACCGGCAGGGACUUAGCCAAAUAGCUCGCCUCUUCUUUCUCUUUUUGCCCGGCGCCGUUUCGUCUCAGUCCCAGUCAUAA